GUGUUAUUACUACCGAUAACCGUGAUACAUUGUAUUAACAUAUAAUAUUACAUUAUCUGUCGGAGUAAUUAUUGUCGCCAGUCGAACACACAAACUAUGGCUCGAUCAUCGUCAAGUGUCACCAUGAAAGUAUUCGUAUUGGCCGUAUGCGUGUGCGCCGCCCUCGCACGCCCGGAAGACGCGAAAAUGGAAAACAAACCGGCUGCGCUCAAAUCCGAAACCUUGGCCGCACCACUUCCGACGAACAUUGUAAAACGAGCUGCUGACACGACUCAGCUGGACUCGUCGCUCCCGAACGUCAGCGAAGACGUACUCGAUAAAGCUCUUAGCGACAGGAGAUUCGUGCAAAGGCAGCUCAAGUGCGCCACGGGCGAGGGACCGUGCGACCCCAUCGGACGAAAAAUUAAAGCUCACGCGCCCCUGGUGUUGAGAGGAAUGUGCGUCAAGUGCUCGCAGACGGAAAUCAAACAGAUUCAACGCGUCAUGUCACACAUACAGAAGAAUUAUCCCAAGGAGUACACCAAGAUGCUGAAACAGUACCAGAGCGGAUUCUAAUCACGCGGCGGCGUCCAUGCACAGCACUCCUGUCCGUCACCACCGUUUUCGGCGUAAUAUUUAUAUUGAAAAAUCAUAAAUAAUAAUAAUAAUAAUAAUAUAUUAUACACAAGUACAACAAUCGAAUAUCAAAUCUUUUAAGUGUCACUCGUCACGACUUACUACGAGCCGGCUGUAAUGCGCGUACCACAUGUACGGUCGUUGUUCUGAUCAUUAUUUUUUAGCAUUAUUCUAGUUUUAUCGUUUUAUUUUAUUUUAUUUUUUUUUUUUUAUGUAAAUAAAUGACUGAUCGUAGUUUUAAUCACGU